AUGGAGACUCCACAAAACAUGAUCUCUUCGUCGCCGGGAAGAAUUUAUCUCCGGCCGAUGAUUCUUUCCGACGUCGAUGACUACAUGGUUUGGGCAACUGACUCUAAAGUCGCACGCUUUUGCACGUGGGAGCCUUGCACGAGCCGAGACGAAGCAAUCAAGUACAUAACCGAUAAGGUCUUAACACACCCUUGGCUCCGAGCCAUUUGCUUAGAGGACGACCGUCCGAUCGGCUACAUCUUGAUCAUGCCAGUCGAUGAUAUCAGAAAAGAGAUUGGAUAUGUCUUAGCGAGAAAGUAUUGGGGAAAAGGGUUUGCGACGGAGGCGGUGAGGCUAGUAACGGCUGAGAUAUUCAAAGAAAUGCCGGAGAUUGAGAGGCUUGAGGCACUUGUUGAUGUAGAGAAUGUUGGAUCUCAAAGAGUUCUUGAAAAAGUUGGGUUUACAAGAGAAGGUUUAAUGAGGAAGUUUAUAUGUAUUAAGGGAAGUGUUAGAGAUACGGUCAUGUUUAGUUUCUUGCCUUCUGAUAUUUUGAAGUGA